GAAUCGAAUCAACAUAAAACAAACGUGGGAUGAUUCAUUCGAACCAAAUCCUACCCAUCGCACGCUCUCUCUCGUCCAAAUCGAAUCGAAUGGAGGCCGAGGCCUGCGAGAUCGCGCGCCUGCCGGAGGAGCUCCUCUCGGCGGCGCUGUCCCGCACCUCCCCGCGCGUCGCCUGCCGCGCCGCCGCGGCCUCCCCGGCCUUCCGCGUCGCGGCCGACUCGGACGCCGUCUGGGCUCGCUUCCUGCCCCGCGACCUCCCGCCGCUCGCCGACGGGGAGCUGCUCCUGACGCCGCCCACGCGCAAGAAGGACCUCUUCCUCCGCCUCUCCGACCAUGGCAGCCCCCUCCUCCUCCCGGACAAGCUCGCGAGCAUGUGGCUGGACAGGGAGACGGGCGCCAAGUGCUACAUGCUGUCCGCGAGGAGCCUCACCAUCAUCUGGGGCGACACGCCGCAGUACUGGACCUGGAUCCCGCUCGCAGACUCCUCUAGGUUCUCCGAAGGUGCUCAACUCUUGCGUGUUUGCUGGCUCGACAUCAGUGGGAGGAUACCCUGCAAGAUGCUGUCGCUGGACACUGUCUACGCCGCUUACCUAGUGUUCAAGGCGAACGAAAACUCCUUCGGGCUGGAUUACCCUGUCCAGGACGCAUCCGUCAGCGUCGGGGCAACCAGCUCCACCCGCAUGGUUUGCCUCCAAAGCAACGAUGAGGAGGAUGAGGAUGGUGAUGAGGAUGGUGCGGUGCCUGGGCACUAUUGGCCAGUGAGGCCACAUCCACCACUAAGAACAGGGAGAAGGACCCGCCGGUCAGUUCCUCAUGCUGACAACGUAGGGCGCCCUCAGGAAAGAGCUGACGGCUGGAUGGAGCUGGAGUUGGGCGAGUUCUUCAACGAUGGGGGUGGCGACGAUGAUGGCGAGGUGUCCUUCAGUCUGGUGGAGACGAAUGGAGGGAGAUGGAAGAGUGGUCUCGUCGUGCAGGGCAUCGAGAUCAGACGCAAGAAAUCAGGCUGAGGUACUUCUAGCUAGGCGGUGGACAUCCCCGCCCGGUUAACCAAAUAAGUAAGGGAAUCAUACUUGUAAAAUGUAGAGGUGUUUUGGAACGCUUGCUUUUUUUUCUGCUGCAAAUGCUGUGCGCAGAACUACAAGCGUGUUGUUUUCGUUCUUGAUGGCCAACUGAACUUGUACCUAGAUGUACACUGCUUGGCGAGCACCCCUGCAUGCUAUCUGCUGAACGUACG